UUUUUUUUUUUUGGGUGUUUUUUUUCUGCUUCGAAAAUCCCUCUUUCGUGCUAGGUCGAGUUUGGGCUAGAGAACUUCCAUUGGGCCUCAGUACAGGAGUUAGAACUCGAAUUCACUCUAUAUUUGUCUCUCUGUGCGUUCCUAGUUCCAGAUUUUUUUGUUUCGAAGCCAAUUUGGCUUUCCAUUCUGAAGGAAUCUGAAUCUUCUUGUUCCUUCCAUCUCCACCAGCCAUUGUGAUGGGUUUGCAGAAAACUGAAGGAGUUUUGAUUUCUCAACCUGCAAGCUGUUGCUAUCCUCCCCUGUCUUUCACCAAUUCAGAAAUAAGUUAUGUUGGAAAACAAGGCAAACCCAACUUUUAGCAAGUCAACUGGCCUGCCUCGAAAGCGGUUUUACAGAGCAAGAGCUCAUAGCAACCCCUUAAGUGACUCCCAUUUUCCCAUACCAAUAUCUCCCCAUCAUGUUGAUUAUUCUCUUCAUUACCCUCAAUUCUUUCCCUCGUCUGAUCAAGUUCAUAGUACCAAAAAGGUCGAGUUUGCAGAUAUUGGCUGUGGUUUUGGAGGGCUUCUAAUCAGUCUUUCAACCCUUUUUCCUGAAUCUCUGAUGAUUGGAAUGGAGCUUAGGGAUAAGGUAACAGAGUAUGUUAAGGAAAGAAUAUCUGCUUUAAGGGUGGCAAAUCCUGGUCAAUACCAAAACAUUUCAGUAGUUCGAACUAAUUCCAUGAAAUAUAUUCCAAAUUAUUUUGAGAAAGGACAGCUCUCAAAGAUGUUCUUCCUGUUCCCAGAUCCUCACUUCAAAGAGAAGAAUCACCGCCGCCGUGUUAUCAGUCUGCACUUGCUGGAUGAGUAUGCAUAUGUUUUAGGAGUUGGAGGGAUUAUAUACACAAUCACAGAUGUGGAAGAACUUGGAGACUGGAUGAAGGCUUGUUUAGAGAGCCACCCCAUGUUUGAAGCCCUCACUGUUGAAGAGCUUGAAGCAGAUCCAGUUGUCAAACUCUUGAGUUCAGCAACUGAGGAAGGACAGAAGGUUGCUAGAAAUGGGGGACAGACCUUCCAAGCAGUUUACAGACGCAUUCAACCAUCCUCAUGACAUAAAUAUUUUGGACGCUCUUAGUUGAUAAUACAUGGAUGAUUAGCUAUAUACGGUUAUGAACUGUUUUUGGUUGGUUCAGUUUUUCACCACCAAAGUAGUCUUAGUAAGGAUCACCAGUUUUGGAAAAUUUUCUUUCCUAAAGUCUAAAUUAUCUUCAGGUUAUUUGUAAUCAGACAAAACGAUGAAAGAGUUGUUUCCUUCUCAAUUAUGUUUAUUUUUUUUCUUAUUGAGCA